AUGGCGAACCCUAAAUCUAAUAAUUCUCAUGAAUCGGUCGACCAGCAAGUCGCUCGCAUAGAAUUAACUAGCACCAUUCAGUCUACGGGGCUGCUACCGGGCUUUAAGAACGCUUCUCACAAGUAUAAGUCAGACAGGUGGAGAACUAUGCCCCAUGGUUUUGGUCGUUGGCUCUUGAAGCCUAUGGGAUUUGCAAUCACGAUUUAUGGCCUCAACAUAAUCGCGGGGGGGGGGAAUGUUAUUUCUUUUGCUUUGCAACGCAGCCCCGCAAAUGUGCCACCCGAGCUGCAAUGA